AUGGAUUGGCAAUUAACGUGCCGUGUAUGCUUAGAAACUGGAGAUAUGGUUUCCCUUUUCGAUUGGGAUGAAAAUAAUGAACAACUCGGUGAUAAAUAUACCUACUGUUGCGGCGUGGAGGUAACUAAAAAUGAGACAUUGCCGACGCUAAUAUGCCUGAAUUGCGUGGAUCGUUUAACCUUCGCCUGCCAAUUCAAACAACAAUGUCUCUCGUCGAAUGAAACAUUAAAAGAGUGUCUUGAUGAAUUUUUAAAAACAUCGGCUGCGGUGUCAGCAAACAAGCCGGACGAAGGUACUGAAACAGAAACUAUUACAAUCAAACAAGAGAAUGGUAUGCUCUUACAAUAUGAGUUACCAGUUGAACACGACCCACAAGUUCAAUGGACGAGGAUCAUUAAGACUCCUAAUAGUGCCGUUGUUACUAAAGCACCCGGUCGGAGGAAAAGGGGUCGGCCUCGGAAGUAUCCGAACGAACAGGGGCAGAUCGAUGUUUCACCAUAUCAGAGGAAGAAACCGAAACCCGACUUGAAAGAGCCUGAAGCAUUAACAACUUUAUUGGCAUCGGGGUCUUUAGAUCUUAAACAGGAACCGGAGGAAGAAGAAGCUUUGGAAACUGAAGAAUUGGAUGGAGGUGAUGAUCCAGACUUUGUGCCAAUCGGUGAUGACCCUGAUUCUGAUCAUGAUAUCAAAGAAGAGAUACCUGUACCAAAGAAACGUGGUCGUCCAAGGAAGUCUAUUCAAGAACAACCAAAGCCUAAAGAUGAUGAUGAGGAUGUUCUGUUGAAGGAAACUAUCAUGGCCUUCUCGGAGCCCAUACCUGAACAUAUAUUAAACCCCAAGCCAAAGAAGAAACGACAACAGCCCAAGAAGAAAUAUGUAUAUGAGAAAACACAUGUUUGUGAAACUUGCGGGGCCUCAUUCACUUCCAAUGCGUCCCUACAAGCUCAUAUACGACGACAUUUGGGCAUAAAACCAUUUGUCUGCAGUGUGUGCGGCUACGCGUGCGUGCUAAACAUGGAGCUCCGUCGUCACAUGAUGCGUCACACGGGCGUGAGGCCCUACAAGUGUAGAGUGUGCGACAGGAGGUUUGGGGACUUUGGCAGCAGGCAGAAACAUGAACGAUUACACAUGGGUCUUCGUCCGUAUCAGUGUUCGUUGUGCGGCAAAGCGUUCACAUAUUCAUAUGUACUGGCCAACCACAUGCUGACACACACGGGAGAGAAGAAAUACUCUUGUACACCAUGCAACAAGAAGUUCACAAAGGCACAUCACCUCAAGUACCACAACAAAGUUCAUCACAAGGAGCUUUAUAUACAACAACAGUUGGAGCAAGAAGCGAGGAAAAUAAGGCAGCAGUUGAAUGUGAGCAACCUGUCCGGAGUACUGACGGGGCAGUUUGUGGAUGGAACGCUGCAACUGAUACAUACUAAUGAAGACGGCGGAGAAGAAACUCAGUUACAAGUUGUCGAGGAGCACGAAGAUAGCGAGGAAAGGGAGACGCACCAGGCGGUGGCUAACAUGCAGGGGGUGGUGUUAGAAACUGACUUCGCUAUAGAAGAAGACGAUGAUGAAGAUAAUAAAGAUAAAUACGACAAUUGA